AUGAAUAUUUUACCUUUCAAUCAAAAAUCGGAUCAAUUUAUUCGUCCAUUUAUCCGAUAUACGUUUUGUGCAGUGAAAUAUUUGGCCUUUAGAAUCGAUUAUAAACAAUGGCAAUAUCAACAAAGAAAAAUACAAUUAACAUAUUCAUCAUUACUACCUGCCAUUUUAAUAACAACCAAUGCUUGGUUAUGUAAUAUAAUAUGGAUUACGAAAAUUAUAUGGCCAAAUAUUGGUUUUCCGUUGACAAUUGAUGAUAUGGCUCAGUUUAUGUGGCUAAUAAUUUUUCGUAAAGUAUUACUUUAUGAUUCUGGAUUCAAUGAGAUAUUCAUUCAUCUUUAUAUCUAUGAAAAUGAUAUUUAUAUGUUGCCUCAAUAUAUUCGUUAUCUUUGUAGAUUGACAACCGUUUCUGAUUAUUUGUCAAUUCAAACGUCAAUCAUAUUCUUUUCUGGUAUCACAUAUUUUAUGAUCAAAAUCUUUCAAGAAUUAUUUUUAUUAUUUAGUGCAGGAAAGAUUUCUUUUAUUGUUUUCAUGCUUUCGAUACCCAUGACUUUGAUAGAGUAUAUGCAUUGUUUGUUUUUGUUUUCAUUGUUUGCAUUACCAAUGAAAGCAUUAUUCAUAACAGUCGAAUAUUAUAUUGUCAAAUUCAAACAAAUUGUUUUUACAUCACGUUUACUAUUUGAUAAUCGUUUUAAUCAUCGAAUAUCAGUCAUAAUGAAAAUGCGAAUGAAUUUGAAUGUUUUUCACCGAAAAUACGUUAGUAUUUUUUAUCAUACGACAAGAUUAAAUAGUGAUUUAAAAGUAGUAUUGUUGGCCAUAGAAUUUGGAUCGAAAACUGCGAUCAUAUUUGCAAUUAUAUUAUACAGUAAAGGAGUUACCCAAAGUAUACCUGGUACUCUAUUCGUCGUAUAUCUUUUUUUAGCCUUUUGUCUUGCUACAGGUAUCUAUGCUCGAUUCUCUUACUUUCCAUCAUCGAAUCAAAAAUGUUGUCGUCAAUUAUUGGCAUGGAAUGCUCGAAUACCACAACUAAAUAGCCGAAUCAAUAAUAUUGUGCAAAAAAAUCGAUUUAUGAUUGUUAUCAAUUGUAUUCUGGAAAUUUUAUGGAUAAUAUUCAUUCGUAAAGUAUUGAAUUAUGAUUCGGGUAUUAAUGAUUUACUUAUCUAUUAUUCAAUACAUGAUGAUGAUUUGGAUAUUUUUCAACAAUAUAAACAAUAUCUUUAUAGAUUAACAUUAUUUUCUGAUUAUAUAUCAAUGCAAUCAGCAAUUUCAUUCAUUUUGGCUCUCACAUAUUGGAUGGCUCGAACAAAUUAUGAAUUAUUUCUGAAAUACAAUGCAGGUGAAAUUUCAUUAAUCAUUCUAAUUCUUUCAAUAUUGUUAAUCAUAAUCGAAUAUAUACAUUGUCUGUUUUUAAUAUCAUUAAUUAUAAUACCAUUCAAAGCAUUGAUUAUUAUGGUUGAAUUUCUUAUCAUUCAAUUGAAACAAGUUGUUUCAUUAACACAAACAAUAUUUGAUUAUCGUUUUGAUCGUCAUUUAUCAGUUUUAAUAACAUUAAGUAUGAAAUGGCACGAUUUUCAAACACAAUAUAGCCAUAUUUUUGAUCAUACAUCAAAAUUAAAUAAAGAUUUAAAAGAAGUUUUAUUAGCUAUUGAGACUGUAUCAAAAGCAUCAAUAAUUUUUGCUACUGUAUUCUAUAGUAAACGUGUUACGGAAACUAUGCAUGGUAAAAUAUUUGUUAUUUGUUUGUUGACAAUUUUUUGUCUUGCUACAGGUAUUUAUGCACGAUUAUCUAAUGUACCGGCAUUCAAUCAUAAAUGUUGUCGACAAUUAUUAGCAUGGAAUGCUAGAAUAUCACAAAUAAAAUAUCGAUUUAAAAAUAAUAAUAAUAAUAAUAAUCAAAAAAGAAAUCGUAUAAAUUCUUUAAUUAUCAUUUCAAAUCGUAAUCGAAUCAAAAUGAAUUUAUUCAUACAAACAAUGACAAAUAAUCUUUUUGGUUUUAAAUGUGGUAAUAUAUUUUUUAUUACUAAAUUCAAAUAUGUUGAAUUAAUUUUGUUGAAUAUACCAAUGAUAUUAAUG